GGACGGGCGACCUGGAUGGCUAUCUACCUCUCGACCGGCCGGGCUCCUGCUGCUGCUGGCUGGCUGGCUGGCUCUCUGGCUCUGCUUGCUGGUGCUGCUUGCUGGGCGGCGCUGCGAGAGAGCGAAGGAUGUUUUCUUGUUUCUUCUUCCUCUCGCCAAGGGGCUAAGCCGGGGAAAAGGGCUGGCAACUCAACUCUCGUUAACUCACUAAUUAUGGAAUGGAGGCGAAAAGACGAACAAGCGACGAAGGCCGCCGGCGACGACGAGAGUGACGACUCCAAAGGACUGUUGACGCCGCAGCUAUUCGUCCGAUCCCGCUGGCAGUCGACCCGCCAGGCGCAGCAGAGAGAAAAGCCUGCGCAGGCUGACGGCCAGAGAGACAGCGACGAGUCCCACGAUGCGUCUCUUUCUGAUCCCGAUCUCGACGGGCCGCACGCUCAUCUACUGCAAGAAGCUCGACGCUGCGGUGCCGGCCAAGCAGCUCAGCUACCUCGACCGCGUUACGAACAAGGUGACGGCGACCUGGGCCAAGUGGGAGACGGCAGAGAAGGGCUGGCAGAAGACGCUGGUCACCUACGGCCACCGGGCGCUGCAGCGGAUCCCCUACGAGGAAUGGGGGCUCAAGAGCGUGCCGCCGCUGAGCUCACGGCGGGAGACGGCAGAGCGGCAGGCGCGCAAGCCCGUCGAGCUGCUGUACCCCAAGAAUGCGAUCAGGUCGAGCAGGGUGAUGGGCCUGCUGCAGCAGCUGGCCACGGAGAGACAGCAGCUGCACCGCAAGCGCAUGUGGUGGAGCAUCGUCGUUGCGCCCUUGACGGCUCCGUUUGCGCUGGUACCGGAUACCUAAUAUACCCUUUUUCUUCUUCUGCUACCGCGGCUGGUCGCACUGGAGAGGCUGAUACAGCAUUGGGAGGGUCCAAACACCUGGAAUUCCUGCUAAAAGAGAACCUGAUCCGGCCGAGAUCACUGACGGACCUGGAGAACGUCUAUCUACGGCACUACCCGCGCAAGGACGGGGUGGAAGAUACGACAGCUGACGAGAAGACUGCGCCGGACUGUGAUGACGGCAACUGUGGAAAGGAGGUGAUGCUGCUCAAGGACACCGACGGCAAGGCCCUGGCCAAGAUGCUGGAUGCCCCCGAGCUCGUUGCUGAGGUCGAGCGAGCCGUCCAUCAGGUCCAACAGCAGCUUGACCAGAAGAAACAGCCCUGA